AUGGUUUCCAUUCACUCUUUAGUCUUGGCUCUUUCGGCAAUCGCCCCUUGCCUUGCUGCUCCCGCGAUCGGACCGUCCGAGUUGCUGCCUCCCCAUGUCCAUAGACGCGGCCCUUCCGACUUCUUCUUAGGGCCUGAUCACCCCCUCAUGCUCGCACGUCGCAAUGAGUCUCUCGAGAGACGCGGCAUGACCCUCGAGGAGCGCACCAACUAUGUCCAGAACUACAAGACCGGCGGCACGGUCAACUUCACGCCCUCAGGCAACAGCUUCAGUCUCACCUUCGACACCACAGACGACUUCGUUGUCGGCGUCGGCUGGAACCCCGGCUCCACCGCCCCCAUUACUCACGGCGGAUCCUUCGCCGUCACCAAGGGACUCGCUACCCUUUCUGUCUACGGCUGGACUACCAAUCCGCUUGUGGAGUACUAUGUCAUUGAGGACUCUGCCGGCUUCUCUCAGACCGGGACGAAGAAGGGCACCGUGUCUAGCGAUGGCGGCUCGUACACCGUCUGGGAGAACGUGCGUACCAACGCUCCUUCAAUCCAAGGUACCCAAACCUUCAACCAGUACAUCUCGGUUCGUAAUGGGGGUAGCUCCAACGGUACCGUCUCUAUUGCCAACCACUUCAAUGCUUGGAAGAGUUACGGCCUGAACCUAGGUACGCUCAACUUCCAGGUCAUUGCUGUCGAAACCUGGAAUGGCGCUGGCUCAGCCAAGCAGACCGUCACCAACUAG